GUUUCACAGCAUAGCACUAGCAGACGACAAGUCACAAGAUGGCAUGGUCUGGACAGUUCUCAGAUUUUGACAGUUUUACCCGUCAAAAUGAUAAACGAAAUACAUCAAAUGCAAGAAGUAUUAAUGCAAAUGACAACAAAGACCAAACAAACAUUAAACUUGAGAAUAUAAAUUUAGGAUAUUCAAGCAUUGUUAAUGUAGUUGGACUUAUAUUAUCAAGAGAAGAUGCAAGAUCUGUUCAAAGUCGUAAAAAUUCAUCCACAGAACGUUUUGUCUUCAACUUUACUUUGAGAGAUUCUCCACUGUUUUAUGUAAAUGUAACAUUUUGGGGUAAGGAGCAGAAUAUAAAGGAUCUGACUGAUAGAUUUCACAUUGGAGAUGUUGUUUGUUUGUCAAAUGUUCAAGUGCAGGCAAAACCACAAGAUGGUAGUGAUGAGAAAUAUAAAUCUGCUACACCAGUACCAUUUUGUCUGAGUGGAAGUGAGAAUCAUUCCAACAUAGAGUGGUAUAAUGGACCAGAAAGUGACACUCUACUUCAGUUGCAGCAUGUACCUAUCAAAGCCACUAAUGAUUUUUACACAUUAGAAGACAUUCAAGCUAAUGGUCAAGGAUUACAUGGAGAACAUGUUAACUUACUUUGUGUAGUCAGAAAGAUUGGUCAAGUUAAAGAGAUAACUACCAAAGCUGGAAGACAUACACAGAGAUGUGAACUGAGGAUUCUUGAUGAAACGUGUCCUUCUUUUGGUUUGGUGCUAUGGGACAAAGAAUUGAUAGAUUUAGCUCUGACAUGGGUGCCAUUGGAGACUGUUAUAUUUGCUGCUGAUGUAAAAGUUACUUAUGAUGACUUCAGAUCAACAAUGAUAGCAACAGCUGACUCCAAGACCAUUGUAACAGUCAAUCCAGAUACAUUAGAAGCUCAAAGUUUAUAUCAGUUUGCACAUUCCCAAGAUUUUCAAGAUGGAGAUGAGAGUUCAGGCAGUAAGACAGACCCAAGCUUGGACACCAUUACAGAUGUGUACAAUAUCAGCCAAAUUAAACAGAUAAUGGAAGAUUUAUCUAAGCAAUGGAAACCUACUCAGUAUGGUAUUGUCUAUGUUUUCCUAACUCAGUUUAAUAUUGACACAGAAGGAGGUGGUGUAUUAAGAUUUAGAUGUGAGAAAUGUAGAGAAACAGUACAUGAGGACAGAGGAUAUUUGUGUUCCAAUGUAGAAUGUACACAGGGGGCCUUAGCUAUGUUUGAUACUUCAGUCAUUGAGAAACAACCAGUAGUAGAGUAUUCAGUUCCAGUAUCUAUAUCUGACCAUACAGGCACAAUUGAACAUUGUUUCAUUGAUGGUACAGUGAUGGAAAAUCUCUUAGGAAUGAAGGCUGAAGUUUUCAGAGAUUUGAAUAUUGAUAAAAGAACACAAAUGAAGUGGAACUUUCUUCUAGAAAGAUGUAAACUGUAUUUCAAGAUUUUCAAGUCAAGUAGUGGAGGGACUGAGAAUAAAAGUGUAUUCCGGAUAAUGUCAUUAGAACCUGCCAAAAUACAGGACUGUGUUCAAAAUUUUAUCAGAGAAAUGUGAAUAUACACUGAACUCGAGUUUGUUAUUAAUAUAUCUGUGAUACUUGUAAAAUAGUAAAAUUUGUGACAUCUGUAAUCAAGAUAAAUAUUGAAAUCCAA